AUGCCGAGGCUUAUCAAUCCUACGAGAAAUUUGGAUGAGAAUGUGGGUCAAGGUCUCGGCCGUCGACCUUUAACCGUCGACUUUUGUCUCUUGGACAGCAUCACUGCAUCCUUAAGGUUCGAGGGGGCCCUCAACGUAGACCUGAAGGAGUUCCAGACGAACCUCGUCCCAUUCCCCAGGAUCCAUUUUCCCCUCGCGACGUAUGCCCCGGUGUGCACCCCUCAAGCGGCCGCCAGCGAGAGGAUCUCCGUUCAAGAGAUCACGGAUGCUUGCUUCCUACCUGCAAAUCAAAUGGUGAAGUGCGAUCCUCGGAUGGGGAAAUACAUGGCAGUGUGCCUCCUGUACCGAGGGGAUUGCGCGGCGAAGGAAAUCAACGCUGCCAUCGCGAACGUGAAGGCGAAGAAGGACAUCCAGUUCGUGGGGAUCAAUUACCAGCCCCCGACGCAGGUGCCGGGGACGGAGGUGGCGGCGACGCAGCGAGCCGUCUGCUCCCUCGCGAACACGACGGCCAUCCGCGCGGCCUGGGAGCGGCUGGACCGCAAGUUCGAUCUCAUGUACGCCAAGCGGGCCUUCGUCCACUGGUACGUCGGGGAGGGGAUGGAGGAGGGGGAGUUCUCCGAGGCGAGGGAGAACGUCGCGGCGCUGGAGAAGGACUACGAGGAACUCGAUGGGGAAUUCCUCGACGAGGACGAGGAUCAGUGA